AUGGAGAAGACAUACUCCCUCACAGCCCACUACGAUGAGUUCCAGGAGGUCAAGUAUGGUGGUCGCUAUAGUAGCGGCACCCUUAGCAACGGCAUGAGCCUGCACUUGGGCGGGAGCCUAGACCGAAAUAUUGGGCGUGGCCGAGGCAAAGGGGGCGGGGCCAGUGAUCGGAGUCGGGACCUGAGUGGCAUCAACAGCGGACAGAGACUUCCUCGUUGGAGCCGCAGGGAGAUCUGCCUGCUCUCUGCUCUGGUGUUUGCUGUGGGGAUGUGUGUCAUCCUGGGCAGCAUGCUGGCACUCAAAUACAUCUCCCUGGACUUCCAGCAAGAGGGGCACUGCAGACAGGACUGCCAGAAGAAACGCUCGUUAGUCCGCGCCGCACGCUUCAUCCAGGCCAACAUCGACCCCACCAUCCAGCCCUGCCAGGAUUUCUACAGCUUUGCCUGCGGCGGCUGGCUACAGCGCCAUGGCAUCCCAGAGGACAAGCUGAGCUACGGCAUCAUCACCGCCAUCGGAGAGCACAACGAGGAGAAGCUACGACGCCUCCUGCUGGAGCCCGUGCACCGGCACACCGUGGACUCGGCUGAACGCAAGGUGAAAGAGUUCUACCGCUCCUGUGUGAACAUCCAGGAGAUUGACAAGCUGGGGUCUGGUCCCAUGACGGAGGUGAUUGACAGCUGUGGCGGGUGGGACCUGGUUGGAGUGCCCUCUGGUGGUGCGGGGUGGGAGAGCAGUACUGCACCAGCCAGACCAGACUUUAACGAGCUGCUCUAUAGGACCCAGGGGGUGUACAGCACUGCGGUCUUCUUCUCUCUGACUGUCAACGUGGACGAUAAGAACUCCUCACGCAACGCUAUCAGGAUUGAUCAGGAGGGGCUCACACUGCCUGAGAGGACUCUGUACCUGGGGCAGGAUGAGGACAGUGUGAAGAUCCUGGCGGCUUACAAGGCCCUGAUGGAGCGUCUGCUAAGCAUGCUGGGGGCUCACAAUGCCACUCAGAAGUCCAAAGAGAUCCUACAGCUGGAAACACUCCUAGCCAACAUUACUGUGUCUGAGUAUGAUGAACAGAGAAAGGACAUCAACACUAUGUACAACCGCAUCACCCUGAGACAACUACAGCGCAUCGCUCCUAGUCUGCAUUGGAAACGUUUGUUGGACAGAAUCUUCCAUGAUAACUUCUCUGAGGAUGAAGAGAUCGUGGUGUUGGCUACUGACUACAUGGAGAAAGUCUCCGAGAUCAUCAAGACCACCUCCAAAAGGGUUCUCCAUAACUACAUGCUGUGGCGGAUUGUAGCAGCUCUCAGUGAACACCUGUCCACGGCGUUCCGGAGCACCAUCCAUGAGUUUUCCCGGGAGAUUGACGGUACGGAGCGUCAGCUGGAGCUGGGGAGGCUGUGUUUCACCCAGGCCAACAAACACUUCGGCAUGGCCCUUGGAGCACUCUUCGUCCAGCAGCACUUCUCUCCUCACAGCAGGGCCAAGGUACAGGAGCUGGUAGAGGACAUAAAGCACUCACUGGACCUCCGGCUGCAAGAGCUGGACUGGAUGGAUGAGGUGACCAAGGAGGCAGCCAAGGCCAAGCUGCAGCAUAUGAUGGUGAUGACAGGCUAUCCAGACUUCCUACUCAAACCAGAGCUCAUAGACCAGGAGUAUGGGUUUGAUGUGGAUGAAAAUACCUAUUUCAAAAACAUCCUCAACAGUAUUAAUUUUAACAUCAAGAUGUCUGUCAAGAAGAUCCACAAGCAGGUGGACAAGACCGCGUGGCUCCUUCCCCCUCAGGCCCUCAAUGCCUACCAUCUCCCAAACAAGAACCAAAUGGUAUUUCCCGCUGGAAUCCUUCAGCCCACGCUGUACGACCCCGAGUUUCCACAAUCUCUGAACUAUGGAGGAAUAGGAGCCAUCAUCGGUCAUGAGCUGACACAUGGAUAUGAUGACUGGGGGGGACAGUAUGAUGGCCACGGCAACCUGAAGCAGUGGUGGACAGAGGAGUCAUACAAGAAGUUUCAGAAGAAAGCAGAGUGCAUCGUUAAACUCUACGACAACUUCACCGUCUAUAACCAGAAAGUGAAUGGCCGUCUGACUCUGGGGGAGAAUAUAGCAGACAUGGGAGGCCUUAAACUGUCUUAUUUUGCAUAUCAGAAGUGGAUCAGAGAACAUGGUCCAGAAAGACCUCUCCCUGGACUCAAAUACACACAUGAACAACUACUCUUCAUCGCCUUCGCACAGAACUGGUGUAUGAAGAGACGGUCUCAGUCCAUAUACCUGCAGCUACUGACUGACAAGCACGCACCAGAGCAUUACAGGGUGAUUGGCAGCGUGUCCCAGUUUGAUGAGUUUGCCCGAGUGUUUCAUUGUCCAAAGGGUUCCCCCAUGCAUCCUGUCAACAAGUGUUCUGUAUGGUGA